UCCGUGUUAUUUGCGUCGUUGUCGUUAUCCAUCAGCCGGCUGCUGGUUUUCACAAACGUUUUCUGUUUCGCGCGUUCUUGCAUCAACAAUUUUCGUAAUUUUAUUCUAAUUUUCCUAAAGUUGAAGUAAGGUUUCAAAGAUUACAAAUCAUUUAUCUCCGGGAUACAUCAAACAAAUUGGACCUGCAAUGAAUCUGGAACAGAAAACCAAAUCCAAGAAAAUGACCACAGAACAAGUGAAGGAACUGAUUGCAGCUCGUGUGCAUUUCAAUAACCUUUUCACCAGGAAAUUUUUCGAUAAAAAAGCGGCCUGGAGGACUAUACAAGACCAUACGGGACUGUUCGAAUUUACAGUGGAGCAGCUUAAAAUAAAAUGGGCUAACUUGACCAGGAAGUACAAGCUACUUAUCACCCCGCCCACUGGAGGUGCCACGGAGAAUGGUGAGACAACACCAGGCGAUUGGGAAUAUUUCGAUCUACUCCACGAAUUCAUGUCAUCACAACACACCAUCAAUCCUCCGAUUGUUAUCAACAGCUGUGGAAUUGUAGUGGAGAAUUCCAAUAACAAUUUCCCCAAUGAUGACGAGUUACAUGUGGCGGGGCCGUCCAAUGUUAAUCCAGAUGGAUCCAAUGUUUCAAGUCCUGAGACAGCAACGCAGAGUCCAGAAAGUAUGGCUGAACAAUCCAACAGGAAACGGAAGCGAAACCGAUAUACACAGCAGGACAUGUUUGAAUUUUUUGUCGAAGAGUCGAAGAGAAAAAAAAGGAAGGGAGAAAGUUCUUUAUACUAAGGACACACCUGUGGUACUUGUACCAUGGUACAAGAGAACAAGAAAAUUAUUCCAAGACUAUCUUUAAUAAAGACAAUAAUUGGUAUGGUACUCAUUUCAAGAUUCUUGUACCAUGGUACUUGUACCACCAGUGUGUCAUUAGUAUUACGCUACUGAAGUCUAUCGCCGGAGCUCAAAACAUCGAGUUGCCAAACAUGGACUCAAGUUCCUCCGACUCAGAACCAGAGUUUUAACCAAAUCGUAUGUCCUGUUAUGCAUAUUGGUUACGAUUUCGUUUUCUGUUAUCCGUUUCGUUUCAAUCAAAACUCAAUGUUAUAUU